AUGGCCACACCCGUCAUGGCCGGAGGUUUCCAGGCCUUUGGGCACGUCCCAGCGCACUCACACUACCACGAAUCACCGCUCGCGUUUGGCCCGCCGCACCUGCCGUUCCGCCCGUCUGAGCUAGCCUCCGCCCGCUACCAACACCCUCCCGCUGGCCACUUCCACUACAACCAGACCACCAGCAUGGCAGACGCGCCCUUCCUGACCCCGGAAGAGGAGUUUGCCCAGCUCCAGAAGCUCAGCAACGAGUACGAGCCCGAGGUCACGGGCCCGCUUGUCGGCGACCGCCAGAGCAGCAGCGCCAUCGCGACUGAAUACGCGAAUGCAGACCCCAUCUACAGGGUCAAGACGCAGGCUCUGCCCAGCAAAUAUGCCUUCUUCCGCACCUGCAGGGGCGAUGGCCACUGCGGAUGGCGAGCAAUUGCCUUUGGCUACUUCGAGGCCCUGCUGCAUGUGGGCGAUGUCGCCAAGUUCGACGUCGAGGAAGCCCGUCUGAUUUCGAUGAACAAUCUCCUCAACCUUGCUGGUUUCUCCGAAGAUGUUUACAUCGACUUUGCCGAAGAGGCCUACGAUCUACUCCGCAAGCUGGGUGGCUCGCUGCAGGUCGGCAACGGCGCAAGUCUACUGCUCGAGGCCUUCAACGACAUGGGCGUCUCCAUGGCCAUCAUCACAUACGUAAAGCUCCUUGCCAGUGCCUGGAUCCAGUCGCGGGCGGAAGAGUAUCAGAAUUACCUUCAAAUCGACGUAAAGAGUUACUGCUCGCAGAACAUUGAGGCUGCCGUCUGUGAAAUAGAUGACAUCGCCGUGGCUGCGCUCUCAGAAGCUCUCGUCAAACCAGCCGGCAUCGGCCUUGAGAUCCUGUACCUGGACCGUUCCGUCGGCGAUGAGGUCAACGCCCAUGCAAUCUCGCAGCCGAUGAACUUCAACGGUCUCUUGCCCAUGAUCCGCUUGCUUUACCGACCGGGCCAUUACGACAUUCUCUACAGAGCCGAGGACUUGCCUGCCCCUCAACAGCAAGCGACCAUACAUGUGGCCCUUGCCUAUAAUAACAACCACAACUUCGAAGAAGCCUCACCCGACGCCAAUCUCCUGUCCAUGAUUCCUGGAAUGUAUUCGCACAACCGCUUCCAGACCGUGGACCAGAGCUUCGGACAUCGUUGGCCGCCGGCUACUUACGAUUUUGAUCCGACCCCAGCCCCGCAGCCUCACAUCACUCCUAUCCAGCCGUAUGCACCUCCUCCACCAGCUCCAGUGGCACCUGUGUCUGUUGCUCACCAAGACUUCAUGUCUCCGGUACACGCAAGCCCGAUAAGCCAUCAGAGUCCGGCAAGUCAUCACAGCCUCCAGCUGGAACAGCAACCCAUGCAGCUUCCAUUCCAUCCACAUCCACCUCCACCGCUUAGUAUAGAUCGAGCACCUAUCACAGUUGAGCGAGGGGGGCCUUUUAGGCCUUCAAUGUACGAACUGGAGCCAGGCUUUGGUACCGGCGAGGUCACCCCAUUCCAGACGAACAUUUUCCGGAAUUCGCAUUUCAAUACCUGUCACUUCAUGAACCCAUCGUUUCAACCCGAGGAAUGGUCACCUCAUGAAUACCGAACAGGCAACAAGGGAAGACACAAGUCUGCCUCGCAGUAG